AUGUUUUCGAUAAUAGUAGGCGACUUACUACCUGCCCCAGACUCUGUGUAUGAAGACCAUCUCGGGCACUCGCGCUCCCGCUCUCGCCAGCCGCAAAGUCAAGGUUCCAGCCAGGUGCUUGGACAGCAGGGACUUGAGUACGAAGGACGUCGUUCCGGGUAUGAUCGCCGCCGCAUCCAGGGCAUGGACGAAUUUGACGAGGACAUUUAUCGCAACAGGAAACGGGCCAGAGGUACGGCAUCUCGCCGCAUCGCCGAGAUGGCGGAAGAGCGGCCCGUCCGCGUAACACAGCCGACAAAGAUCCCCAUCCGGAUCAGCGAGGAGCAGGCCAUCUGGAACAUCUACGACCAGCGCUUUCGUGGUCUGCAGCAAACCGCCUGCAAGCUCAUUGCUAAAGCCUGGGUCAAGCUUGUUGAGCCCAAGAAGCAGUCAACUCAUCCUUACACUGGCAGUGAUGAAAAGGCCCCUGACUGGUGGCCGAAGCCGUGGGGCACAACCCGUGACGAGAAGGUCCGCCAUAAGGAGCCAGACCACUUGUACAAGAAGGAGCGGGUGCACCUUUUAAAGCACAUCCUUCGCAUGAUCGUCUUACCCAACUCGGAGCAACACCCAGAUAUCCAGAAGCUCAAUCUCAACGUUGCAAAGCUAGAGGAAGCUACGAUGGAAGUUCUGUCUAGCUUCUUCACUGACAAAGACUCACCAAACAACAUAAAGAAGAAGCCAUACUUGAAGGAAAUUUUCCUUUUGGCGAAAUACGAGGAGCGUUUUAGAAACGGUGAAAUUGAUGCUACCACCAAUGUGUACAUCAUGAGCGAAGACAAGAUCCCGGACAACUACACAUCUGAGAACGACGAGUCUGCGGCGAUCAAGGAGGAUGAGGACCAGGAAGUCCUGCGUGGGCCGGUGACCAUCUCGCCCCGACGGCCAAUGCCCGGCGCCUUAAUUGCUCCUGCGCGAGCGACAACCUCUGCUGGAGUGCCCAUGUCUGCCAAUACAUCGACUCCAAGCCACAACGGCGACCACAGUCCUGGAACUGGCAUGCCUACCGGUGCAGGGACCUCGGCCUCACAUCCAUUCAUGGGCGAACUGCCUCACCGAAACCAUCCGACGUAUCCUCCUUCGCAGCUGAUGCACCCAGACUUGGGCGCAAACGACCAACAUGCAGCCUACGUUGACGGUGGCAGUCUAGCCGUGAGCAACAGCCCCGGCCAUCAUCACCACAGUGCCAUAGCCGAAGGCCAUGGUGGUGUGGCCCUCCAGCAGAUGGUCACAAACCCACACGAGACGAACCGACGGUCGUCCAUUUUCAGUCCAACAACUGAGUACAACAACACGCCAACUUCGACGAGUAUGUACCAGACAUGGCAGCAAGGCUCGAACGCGCCUAGUGCUUCGCCACUGUAUGCCUUUACACCACAGCAGGCCCAGAUCCAACCCCAAACGCAAGCUCAACAUGCCCAGCAUGGGUCCUUUGUACCUCAAGGCCCGGUUGGUAUGCCUCCGCAAAGCCACGGUUACAUGAGCCACGGAUUUGAACAGCUGCCACGGAAUACGUACGAGACGACUUCCCACGACUCCAUCUACCGCCAAAGCAACGUUCCGCCCGGCGCUGUUAACCCACAGGGUAACUAUUCGAUGCCGCUCGCACCACAGGACUCGCGUGCUUUGCCAGGACAUAAUCUGAAGCCCGAACCGCCGAAUCGAGGUCUUUUGCAUUAG